UUCAAUGAUGCAUGUAAUCAUGACAAAAUACUCGUUCUUUUACAAAUGGUGCGCAAUAUGUUAUGAAACACCGAAUAAUUUAAGUGCAAGAGAUGAACUCAGAAGACUCUACAGAUGAUGAUUAUUUAAAAAAUUCGAAAUCACGCUUUUCGUUUCACAGAAAAGAAGGAAAAGAACAUGAAGGAAUAAUAUGCUGUGGUCACAAUACAUGUCAUUUAGACCGCUAUAAUCUCAUUAGCAGUGUGAAACCAUUCACAACUAGACCAUAUACAUUGUACAAAGUAGUUUUGACAACAGCUGACGUUCCUGGCGCUGGUACAUCGGCUCAGAUCUACAUUACACUUAAAGGUGAAUGGGGAUCCUCCACUCGUCAGAAGCUCAGGAAGGUAAAGGUUCCAACAGGGAAUCCCCGCUUUUAUUUAUAUCCUGGUUCAACAAACACCUUUUCAGUGGUUUCUCCAGAUUUAGGAGGUUUACAUUCUGUGUUUAUUGAGCAUGACAGUUUGAGAAAAUCCGACAGCUGGCUUCUGGAAAGUGUACAAGUCUUUCAUCCUCUUACUAAGAAGCGUUACAUGUUUAUGUGUAACCAUUGGUUUUCCUUGUAUAAGGAAGAUGGCCUCAUCGCACGUGAAUUAUUUGGAAUACGAAGCGCAAAAACAAAAUACUCUAUUGUAACUGUGACCGGAGAUCAAGAAGGGUCUGGAACAAAUAGCAAGGUAUAUAUAACAAUUUAUGGAAGGACUGGAAUUACUCCCAGAAUAGAAUUAAGCCAAGAAAAUAAAAAUACAGGAAAAGAUAUCUUAUGCGCACCCUUUGGACGUGGUACAAGUACAAAAUUUAUCGUCAAAGCUCCUAAUGUUGGUGCUAUUACAAAUAUCCGCAUUAAGCAAGAUGAGUCGGGAAAUGAACCACAUUGGUUUUUAGAACGUGUUGUAGUUACUGAUAUGUCUUAUCCCCAAUGGACUUAUUACUUCCAUCUUUCGUGUUGGCUUUCUAGUAAGUAUGGUGACGGUAAAUCAUGCAGACUUGUUCGAGGUUAUAGAGAACCUACUGGAACAGGUGUUGAAACAGAAUACAAACUAACAUUUUAUACAUCUGACCAAAAGGAUGCUGGGACAACGGGUGAGGUGUAUGUAAAACUUUAUGGGGAGAAAGACUCUAGCAGAGAAAUAUGGGUUAAUUCUAUCAACCAGAAAAACAGAAGACAACCAACAUCUUAUCAUUUUACUCGUGGAUCAACUGUGGAAGUUUAUUUACCACCAUGUCCCCAGUUAGGUGAGAUAACCAAACUUAAGGUUGGACAUAAUAGGGCUGGUUCAUCUCCUUCAUGGUUUUUAAACAAGGUGAUUGUAGAUGAUCUAAGAAUGAAUCGUGUAUUUGAGUUUCCUUGUUAUGCAUGGAUUACUAAACCAAGUGAAACGAUAAUUGUGUGUCAAAAAUCAAUCAAAAAAGAAGAAAAGGAAAUUAUUUGGCAAAAGAUACCAUUAGAAAUUCGCUUGUACACUGGUGACGUACCAAAUGCAGGAACGACCGCUAAAGUUUACCUUCGUUUAAGUGGUCCUGAGCAAAUAGCCAUUAGCAAACCUCCUUAUCCAAAUUACCAGAUAACUAACACUACUGUACAGAAAGGAUUUGAUAAGACACUGGAUCAUGCAGAUCAGAAAACCACUUUUGAAAAUAAAGAGGAUGUAUAUACAACUCCAUACAUAUGGCUGGAAGACGGUAAUUAUGACAGAAAUGGUGUUGCAUUAUUUUCUAUUGAUUUACCAGUACCAAAGUUUAUCAGUCCUCUAUCCCAGCUGGUAAUAGGACAUGACAAUACUGGUCAUUCUCCAUCAUGGUUCCUUGAUAAGGUUCAAAUAUAUUGUCCACUGAACGGUGUUGAACAAACUUUCUUAUAUCGUAAAUGGUUAACAAGUAGUAAACCAGGCAUGAAAGUUGAACAGAUACUAUGUGAAGAAAAAUCUUUAAGAAAAUGUACUGAUAAAAAAAUACCAUGGGAAAUUUCAGUGAAAACCAGCCCAAUCGCAAACAGUUAUGUGACAGCUGUUGUUAGCAUUAUUAUAUUUGGUAGUAAAGAUAAAACUAUGAAAAUUCAGCUGGAUCGUUCAAAUUUAGAAGUUUCUUCAGAAUGGACUAAAGUAUCAAGAAAUGAAGUAGUAGAGAUGUUUAAGCCAAAUGUUGAGUCGAGAUUUCGUAUUUACAUUAAAGAUAUUGGUAUUCCUUGUAAACUAAGAAUUCAACACGAUAACAAAGGGUCAAAUCCAAACUGGCAUCUUCAAGAGAUUGUAUUAACUAAUCUCAGAACUCACGAGCAAUACGAGUUCUACUGCAAUCGUUGGUUAAGUACUCGUGAAGACGAUGGUUCUAUAUUGCGAGAGAUCCCAGCUAAAGGCCCCGGAAUAAUUAAUCCGUUACCACUUUAUCAUUACAUCAUUCAAAUAUUUACUGGGAAUAAGCCAAACUCUGGUACUAAUGCAAAUAUAUUUAUAAAUAUAUUUGGUGAAAAAGGUGACUGUGGUGAAAGAUGGCUUGGACGUUCAGUUAAUCGAAACUCAGAGUUAUUUCAACAGAAUCAAAUGGAUGAAUUUGUUAUUGAAGCAGUUCAACUAGGUUCAAUUAACAAAAUUUGUAUCGGUCAUGAAGAAAGAUCACCUGGAUAUGGUUGGUAUUUGGCAAAAAUAGUAUUAACCAUUAAAGAAAACCCUAAAUACAAGCUUACAUUUGAGUGCUAUCGAUGGUUUGAUGUCGGAGAAGACGAUGGACAAAUUGUUCGUGAACUGUUUGCUCACAGUUCAUUAAGUGCUAUUGCAUAUAAUGUAACAGUAUUAACUGGUACAUGUCGAAAUGCUGGAACUGUAGCAAAUGUAUUCGUUCAUUUGUAUGGACUACAAGGUGAAAGUAAAGAUAUGCAACUUAAGCAUAAAGAGACAGAAAUUACAAAGUUUGAAGCUGGGAAAUCUGAAGAAUUCAUUUUAGCGUGUGGAAAGCUUGGUGAAAUUAAAAAAAUCAAAAUUUGGCAUGAUAGUAUUGCUCCACAUUCAGGCUGGUUCUUGGAUGAAGUGGUUGUGAUUGAUUAUUUUCUCGGACGUCGAUAUGUAUUCCGUGUAAAUAGAUGGUUAGCUAAAAAUGAAGCCGAUGGACUAAUAUCAUUAGACUUACAGCCAACAAGUAUCAUUAACAUAGAAAGAAUGAUCCCUUAUGAAAUCAUUAUAUUCACUGGUGACAGAAGUGGAAGUCAGACAAAAAGUAUUGUCACUGUUCAAUUGUAUGGAACGCCAUUAAAGAGAAAAACUGAAAUUAUACGAUUGUCAAGAACACAACAUCAUUUCAAAUUCGGUCAGCCAGAGACAUUUCGUAUAUUUGCACCCGAUAUUGGGCCUAUACAGAAAUUAAUAGUUGAACGUGAUGGGACAGGUUUAUCAGAUGGGUGGUUUUUGGAAAAAGUUCUCAUUAGAAAGCCAUCUAACUUCUUUCAGAAAAUGAAUCGUUCCCCAACAGUUAGCCCAGUUAGAUCACUAACGAGACAAGUAUCUAAGGAUCACAUGAUAUCACAAAAAGAUUCUAAUCAGUUAAAUGUUACACAACCUGAUAAAAAUCUUGAUGGUCCACCAUCUAUAAUCUCUGUCCCUGAAGAAUUAAAAGAUGCAGAAGGAGCUGAAAACUAUUGGUUCUUUUUCAAUGCUUGGUUGUCCAAACAACAUGAUAAUAAACAAAUGAAUUGUGAAACAUUUUCUUCCACUGAAAAUGGCAAACCUUUACAAAGUCUUAUGGAGUCUUCUUAUGAAGUAAUUGUAAAAACUGGUGAUCGUAAAUAUGCAGGUACCGAUUCACAUGUUUAUUUAACAAUGUUUGGAAUAAACAGUGAAUCAAAAGAAUAUCAUUUAGCAAAUUCCAAAACUCAUAACAAUAAAUUCGAACAAAAUCACGAAGACGUAUUCAAUCUAAAUGCAAUCGGUUUGGGGUCAUUGAAAAAGAUUCGAGUACGACAUACCAACACAGGUAUUGCACCCGGUUGGUUUUUAGAUUAUAUUUUGAUUCGUGAAAGUAUUCAACAAAAGAAAAUGGAAUAUUUUUUCCCUUGCUAUCAAUGGUUAUCUGCAACAAGAUUAGAUGGUUUGGUUAUUCGUGAACUUUCUGUUGCGUCGGAAAAUAUUUUUGAAAGAUGGAAGUCUGGCCAUGAUAUUUCUGACGAUUCAAGACUUAUUCUAGAAGAUCAAAGUACAAUUUAUCAUGUACGCAUUCAUACGGGAUCCCAAUCCAAUAUUAGUUCAGAUGCUAAUGUUCAAAUACAACUUUACGGCGACAAAGAUUUUACCGGGAAUAUUAGGCUUUAUAAGGCAUAUUAUGGAAAAGAAGAUAUACUUGUGAAUAAAUUUCAAGCUGGUCAAAUUGCAGAUUUUAUUGUUAAAGCAAUAAAUAUUGGCAAUAUUAAAAAAAUCAGGAUUGAACAUGAUACAGCUGGGGGAUCCUCCAGAUGGUUUGUUGAACGUGUUGAAGUGGAAGCGAGAAAACUAGGACUUUUAUGGAAAUUUGAAUGCAACCGAUUCAUUACACCACAACAACCUGAACUAAUAUUGUAUCCCGAGCCGAAAGAUAUAUCAUUUGUUAAACCUAUGACUAACUAUCAAAUCAAAACAUUUACAAGUGAUAUUUCUGGCGCAGAAACAACAAGUAGUGUAUAUAUUCAACUGUACGGAAAUGACAGUUUGCCAAGUUCCAUAAGACGUCUACAUCAGAAUAAUGAUAGUGAACAAAGAUUUCAACGUAAUAAAAUUGACACAUUUUAUGUGGAAUUAGAAGAGUUACAAGAACCAUUCAGUAAACUAAGAAUAUGGCAUAAUGAUAAAGGUAGUUCAACAGAUUGGCAUUUGAAUAAAGUUGAGAUCAGGAAAAUUAAAACAAAUCAAUAUGUUUUCGUUACCUAUAUAUUCCCAUGUAAUAAAUGGCUUUCACGUAAUAUGGAUCAAGCUUCAUUGGAACGUGAGCUAAUUCCAAGUCAUAUGCUUCAAGACCAAAAUGGUGUAAUUCAAUUUGAAAGACAAUUAUCACCAAAAUGGUUAAUGAAUACUUAUGAAGUGAGAAUAACGACUGGUGACAAGGCUUACGCUGGAACUGAUGCCUCUGUUUACAUCACACUGUUUGGAGAAAAUGGUGAUAGUGGUGAACGUAAAUUGACGAAAUCUCUAACACAUCGAAACAAGUUUGAACGUGGACAGACAGAUGUAUUUCAGCUGGAGAUAGUAGAUUUGGGAAAAAUUAACAAAGUGCGCAUAAGACAUGAUAAUUCAGGUGUUAAUCCUUCAUGGUAUUUAUCUACAAUUGAAGUCUUCAAUAUUUCAAAAUCUCAAAGCGUACAUGGUUUAAAAGAUCAACCCAACGAAACUCAUCAUCUAGUGAAGUAUAUAUUUAAUUGUGAAGCUUGGUUAUCCACUGAACAUGACGAAAAAGUCUUGGAUAGAUUUUUUUCAGCUGAAAUCAUUAAACCACAAGAUCUACCUGGUAUCGUACCAAAAACUUCCAAAGAUAUCGUGCCUCAUAAGUUAAUACAGGAUUUGUCUCAAGGAAAAAAAGCUCUUGAAACUAUUCCUUAUUUGAUUACGGUUAUCACUGGUUCAGAUAGAAAAGCUGGAACACCUGGUCCUGUGUGGAUUAGCUGUGUUGAUAAAGAUAAAAUGAAUUCAGAAAAGUUUAUUCUAUGCGAUUGUUAUAAUAGAACAAUGUUAAAGAGGGGAACUACAAGAUAUUUUCGGUUUGCGGGUGUUAAACUUAAUGAUUUGACUGAAAUACAAGUUGGGAACGAUGCUCCAGAAAGUCCUUCGAUGGGUUGGAACAUACAAUCUUUAUACCUGUCAUUCCCUACAAUUGGAAAAAUGUAUCUAUUCGACUGUAAGGAAUGGCUAUCCACAAAUCGUGGUAAUAAAAAACGAACUUGUAAUCUGAAAAUUUCAAAUACAAAUAUAGUCAAAUUUAAACCAAAAAUUACCUAUCAUUUGAAAAUAACUACAGCUAAUGUCAAGAGGGCCGGGACAGAUUGUAGCAUAAACCUUCAGAUUUUCGGUACAAAUGGUGUAACAAACUGUUAUAUUCUAGAGAAGACCAGUAAUCGAUUUGCUCAAGGAAUAACCGAUAAUAUUAGUCUUGAAAUGGAGGAUGUAGGAAAAUUGUUAAAGAUGCGAAUAGGACAUGACAAUCAGGGGAAAAACAAGCAUUGGAAUUUGAGCUGUGUGGAAGUAACAGUUGCUAAUACAAAUCAAUUAUAUCGUUUUGUUUAUGAUGAUUGGCUUAGUUUAACAUAUGGUAAACGAAAAUCAUUAUGGGUUGACUUACCGGCCAUGAUUGGUGAUACCGUUCAGUUAAAAGAGACAUGUUUGGAUAUAUUUGUUAAGACUGGGAACAUGCCAGCCAGCUCUACUGAUGCAAAUGUAUAUGUACAACUUUUUGGUGAAUAUGGGGAUUCAGGAGAAAUACUAUUAAAACAAACGGUAUCGAAUCAAAAACCUUUUCAAAAUAAUUCAAUUGAUCAUUUUAAAAUACCAUCAAUUUUAAAACUUGGUAAUCUUGCCCGUUGUCGUAUAUGGCAUGAUAAUAAAGGAUCAUCACCAAAUUGGUAUUGUGAAUGGCUUGAAGUAAAAGAAGUUUUAAUACCUGGGGAAAAAAAUUUAGCAUGUAACUGGAAAUUUGCUUUUAACAAAUGGUUAUCCAUAAGUGACGAUAACAAACAACUAUUGAGAGAUGCUCCAUGUUCUGAAGUUUAUAUGAAUGAUUCCAAAGGUCAUAGAACUAUUGAUCAAGAAUCUAUUGAGACAUUAUUGACAACGGCAGAUUCUAUGAAUAUAUCUGACUUAAAAGAUAAUCCUGAAGGAAAAUUAGUAUAUGAAGUAGUAAUAGAAACUGGAAAUCUAAAAGAUUCGGGUACAACUUGUGAUGCUUGGAUCAUUCUAGAAGGUAAACAUGGUCGUAGUCCGAAAUUGGAACUAGUUAAUCAAGUUGGCAAUCCAAUACUUCAAAUUAAUCAAAUGAAUACAUUUCAAUUACCAAGCUUCCCAUUGGGUGAUCUUCAGACCAUUCGACUAGGCAUACAAGAACGAAAUAUUAACAAACAAACAAAUCCAAAUGAUAUUCAAUCACAAAAGUGGUUCUGUGAAAAAGUUAGCAUAAAAGAUCCUGUAAGUAAACGGACAUAUAUAUUUACUAUUCAUCAAUGGUUAAGUAUUACUCCAACUUCAAAUUUGAAAAAAGAUGUUCUAGUGAAUUACAGUAAAAUAAUUGAAGAUCCUUAUAAGAAAGCAUUCAAUGAAUUGAAAAACAAACAAACUGUCAUGUAUAAAGUUUCCAUAUAUACUGGAACGAAAGGAUGUGCAAAUACAGAUGCCAAUAUUUUCAUCACAAUGUUCAGUACCACACCAGGCUUAAAUUCUGGGCGAAUUGCUUUAAAACGAGAAAACAAGAAUCUGUUUGACAGGAAACAACUUGACGAAUUUUAUAUUGAAUCUAUCGAUUUGGAAUCUAUUCAACGGAUUAUUAUAGAACAUGAUAACAUAGGUGUUAGUCCUGAUUGGUAUUUAGAUAAAGUACUAAUCACAAACCAGACAAACAAUCAGAUUCAUUUAUUCCAAUGUUAUCAGUGGAUUUCAAAAAAGAAAGGUGAUUGUAGAUUAUGGAAAGAAUUACUGGUCUCAAAUUAAAAUAAAUUCAUGACAUUGAGAGUGGAAAACAGUGACAAACUAAUUUCGUCAACAAAAUUGUUAAUAAUCAUCGUGUUAAUUAAAAUGAUGAAUUUUAUU